CUCCAUCCCCCGCCUCGACUCUGACCAGCUGCUAGGCGCCUCUGUUGAGCUUGGGACUGCCGCUGUGAGAGAGUCGGAUGGAGCAUCUGAUGGUAUGAAACAGGUUGCGCAAGGUCUCGGUGCUUGUCGGAGCUCCUCGGACGCCGUGCGUCAUUCGAUCAAGAACCCCGUAAAGCUCUCCGCGAAGCCCUGAAAGAGGGUAGAAUACCUCACCACUGCCCAGCUUGCCGCCAUGUCCAACCCGAUACCGCCGCCUUUUGACUCCCCGCGCCGGGGCGCUGGGUUCAGUCGCCAACCGGAGGAGCUCCAUAUCCCGGGGGCUGGGGGCACUGUUGGCUCAAAUAUGACUCGUCAGCUCUCUUCUCACGACUACUCCGCGGCAGCAGAGACGGUGACUGGGGGUGUGCCGUCCAUCAAUGUGCAGUCCAGCAGCUCGCAGCCGGGAUUGUAUAGCGGGGGCAGCGGGGGCAGCAACAGCAACCAGGCUGCCCUCCCUGGUGCGCUGCAGCCAGGAAAUACGAAUAGACCGCCACCCAUGGCUGUCAAUACUGCGCCCUCGGCAGUUCCUACACUACCCCAGCUGACCACUCAAUUACAACCUCAGCAGCAGCAGCCGACGACGCCUCGUUCGGGCGCGGUCAAUUCGCACAGUCACUCCCGGUCCAGUCCGGCCGGAUUCGAGCAACCGAAAUACAAGCCACAGGGUGUGGGAGAGAGCUCCAAGUAUAAUUCGUCUCCCAGUGUUGGAUUCCCUCCCCAUACUCCACAGGGAUCGAAAUACUCGCCUCUUGGCCUGGCCGACAUCCGACCGUCGGGGGAAUUGCUUCUGCCGGAUAUGAACAGCAGUCCUAAUCUUGCACAGCUCAACCGUGAGCCUCAGGUACCCACAAACAGCAACUAUCUAGCUCCGUGGCCGAUCUAUGCGGUGGAUUGGUGCAAGUGGCCAACAUCGGGCUCUGGGGGUUCCUUCGGGGGGAAGAUUGCCAUUGGAAGCUACUUGGAGGACAAUCACAAUUACAUUCAAAUCAUUGACACGCAUUGGACGCAGCCCGACCCCGACACGCCGGACGCCGCUGCGGGAGAGAUCAAAUUGGACUACGUCAAAACCGCCGAAGCGACGCACUCGUACCCUGUCACUCGCAUCCUCUGGGAGCCACCAUCUUCCCAGAAGCAGUCAACCGACUUACUGGCGACAUCGGGCGAUCAUCUGCGGUUAUGGUCGCUCCCGACGAGCCCGACGCUGCAAAGCUCCAACUUUAUCACGCGGCCCUCAAACACUCCGGUUACCAAGCUCUCGCCACUGGCUUUGUUGUCCAACUCCAAAUCCCCAGAGCACACGGCACCCAUCACGUCGCUGGAUUGGAACACAAUCUCCCCGAGUCUGAUUAUCACGUCCAGUAUCGAUACCACCUGCACGAUCUGGGACAUUCCGACCUUGACGGCCAAAACCCAGCUCAUUGCCCAUGACAAGGAAGUUUACGACGUCCGGUUCUGCGCCAACAGCGUCGACGUUUUUGUAAGCUGUGGUGCGGACGGUAGUGUGCGCAUGUUCGACCUUCGCAGCCUGGAGCACAGCACAAUCAUCUAUGAACCAUCUGAGAAGAAUGAUAAAGUGAUGAGUCCUGGGAACUCCAGCCCGUCGGCAACUCACCAAGGGGCUGCAUGGCCUCCCCCGCUCCUUCGCAUUGCCGUACUCACAACAAGGAUCACGAUAGCCUCACCUCACGACGCCCAUCUCCUUGCAACCUUCUCUCAGGACUCGAACGUCGUGCGCGUGCUCGACGUCCGACAGCCAGGUCAAGCUCUUCUCGAACUCAAGGGGCACGGCUCCGCCAUCAACUGCGUUGAAUGGUCGCCCAACCGGCGCGGUGUCCUGGCCUCGGGUGCAGACGACUGCCUCGUUCUUCUCUGGGACCUGAUCAAUCACCACCACGCAGCGCCCAUCGCCCCGAGCCACAAUCCCUCCGCCGCCAACCCUGCCGCUGCCACCGGAUCGGGCGCCCACUCUACACCCUCGGAGCGCGGGCCCGCCGCCGCCUGGCAAUGUGAUUAUGAAGUCUCGAAUAUCAGCUGGUCGCCGCAGGGGGGCACCAAUCCUGCUGGCCAUCCUCGAGACUGGCUGGCACAUUGGUUUUUAUGA